AGGGUUUGUAAAUCCCACUGAAGGCGGCAGACUGACAUGCUAUGACGCUGUCCAACAAUGUUUUGGUUCCUGGCGGUGACGUAAUACACAAAAACAUGGUUCCCCUUGUUUUGAACCCGUAAAGCGUGCUAAGUGCUUCUUUAACUUUACCAAGCACGAGGAUGCUUUUCGCAGACUGAGCGACUGGAAAACCAUCUUGAGAGACGAUGGCUCAGUCAACGGAAACGUGUGCUGACUCCGGACGGAGGCUGCGCUCCAUCUGCCGGAGGAUGUACGACGAAAACGAGGACCUGUCCGACGUGGAGGAAAUCGCAAAUAUCAGAGGGUUCAGCGUGGAGGAAAAGCUCGCCAGCGACAGCUACAGCGCGGACUUCGUCCGGACGAUGGAGGGCAAAGAUUUCACUUAUGAAUAUGUGCAAAAGGAGGCCCUCAGGAUCCCACUGAUUUUUAAAGAAAAAGCUCAACUAGGAAUCAGAAUGCCUGAUCCAGAGUUUACAGUCAGUGAAAUUAAAGGAUUAGUUGGAAGUCGGCGCCCUGUGGAUGUUAUGGACGUAAGCACUCAGAAAGGCUCUGAAAUGAGCAUGGCUCAGUUUGUCCGCUAUUAUGAAACACCAGAGGAAGAACGCGACAAGCUCUUCAAUGUCAUCAGUUUAGAAUUUAGCCACACUAAGUUGGAGAACCUCAUCAAACGGCCAACAGUGGUAGACCAAGUAGACUGGGUGGACAACAUGUGGCCUCCUGAUUUGAAACAAAGCCAAACGGAGGCCACAAAUGUUAUCUCAGAUAUGAAGUACCCUAAAGUGCAAAGGUAUUGUUUGAUGAGUGUGAAGGGCUGCUACACAGACUUCCACAUUGACUUUGGAGGAACUUCAGUUUGGUAUCAUGUAUUCAAAGGACAGAAAGUUUUCUGGCUGGUGCCCCCCACCCACCAUAACCUGGCCCUGUAUGAAGAGUGGGUUUUAUCUGGCAAACAGAGUGAUAUCUUCCUUGGGGACCGAGCUGAUGGAUGCCAGAGAGUGGAGCUGAAACAAGGAUACACCUUCUUCAUCCCAUCUGGUUGGAUUCAUGCUGUUUACACCCCUGUGGACACACUGGUGUUUGGAGGCAACAUCCUGCACAGCUUUAACAUUCCAAUGCAGCUAAGCAUCCAUGAGAUAGAGAACAGGACUAAGGUUCAUUCCAAAUUCCGCUUCCCCUUUUACUAUGAGAUAUGCUGGUAUGUUCUUGAGAGAUACCUUCACUGUCUGACCAAACGGUCCUACCUUACUCAGGAGAUCCGCAGGGAGUGUGUAGAUUACGAAUCAAAGGCAAAGACAGAGAGCCCCUCCUCUGACUCCAGAAGCCAGGACAUUAAUGAGGACUCGUGUGGGACUCAAAUCAGAGAUUACCAGGGAGAACAUACUGAGAGAGUCACUGAGGAGAGCCCCAACUCACCAGACAAUAUGAAGGGCCCAUUUCUCAAGGCUGCUUUAUCUGUUGACUCUGAGGACAGCUGCAAUCCCUGCUCCACCACCCUGGACUUCCCUAAAACCCCCUCUGACUCUCCAGCUUCAGAGUCUCCUGGCAAAUGGACUCAUUUAACAGAAUUUGAGCUGGUCGGACUCAGGACACUGGUGGAGAAGCUGGAGUCACUUCCGGAAAACAAGAAAUGUGUCCCGAUGCAAAUUGAGAACCCCAAAGCUCUGCUGGAGGACAUGAAGGCGGUCUUAAAGGAACAUGCUGACGAUGACGCUAAAUUAGCAAUCACAGGGGUUCCUGUUGUCUGCUGGCCAAAGAAAACCACAAAGCCCCGUCCUCCCAACCGGCCGAAACCUAAGAUGGCUGCAUCUCCUGCAUCAGCAGUCAAGCUGUCAGCCAGUCGGGGAACAUCUGGUGCCAGGAGGAGGAGGACGCGCUGUCGAAAGUGUGAGGCAUGUCUGCGAACGGAGUGCGGAGAGUGCCACUUCUGUAAAGACAUGAAAAAGUUUGGUGGGCCAGGGCGAAUGAAGCAGUCAUGCAUCAUGAGGCAGUGCAUAGCUCCUGUUCUGCCUCACACAGCAGUGUGUCUUGUCUGUGGUGAGGCUGGAAAGGAGGACACCGUGGAGGACGAGGAGCAGAAGUUUAACCUGAUGCUCAUGGAGUGCUCCAUAUGCAACGAGAUCGUCCAUCCUAACUGUCUCAAGGUUAAAGAUUCAAAUGGAUUAGUCAAUGACGAAUUGCCAAAUUGCUGGGAGUGCCCAAAGUGUAACCAUGCAGGGAAAACGGGGAAACAAAAAAGGGGUCCAGGAUUUAAGUACGCGUCCAACCUUCCUGGCUCUCUUCUGAAAGAGCCGCGGUUAAUCCGGGACCCUAAAGAGGAGCCUGAUCCGCCUUUGGUGGCUACAGCAACUGUUACCGCCUUGACUUCCACAUCUGCGCUGAAGAGAAAGCCAGAGCGGGAGGCCAUCUCCAAAAGAAACGACGAGGAGCCUCCAAAGAAACGUCCACCACUUCUCUCUCUGGAUGGACUGCCUCGACCAAGGCUUGAGGACAAUCCUCUGAGAAAAAAAAGGAAACUUUUUGACACCAAUGAUGAACCAGUCAUGUUCAAAAAGAAGAAGAAGCUUUCAAAACCGGAGGAUCCAUUUACUCUGAAGCUGCUGCGGCAAAUCAAGACAGAGGUCGAUCAUGGUGAUGAAGAUGAAGAUCAGGAGGAUCACGAAGAAGACAGUUUGUCUUUGGACGGGAUGCAUUUUAAGGAGAAAAAUGAGUAUGAUGAUGAGGCCCAAGAAGAAGAAGCAGAGGAAGAGGAGACGGUACCAAAAGAGAGAGACAGUAGUGCAGAGGACAAAGCUAAGGUGCUCUUAAAUCCCCUCAGGCCUUCUGCUGCUAGAGAAAGUGACCAUUCGUCCUCCAACUCUCCCAGAGCUGGACCAAGCAGCGAGCCAGGUGACACACAGGAAAGAGGCUCGGCUCAGCUUAAAGCUCGUCAUCAGCGCAGACGUCUUCCCAACAAAGAAACCAGCAAAGACUUUAAACUGGAGGUUCCCAAGCCAGAAGACCCUCUGAGCAACCCAAAACAGAGCUCAGUGAAGACAGAGGAGAGCUCCGCCAACCACAAUCGCAAACCACUGAAAAACGAAGAUUCUCUGAGCAAUCAGAACCGCAAACCACUGAAAACCGAGGACCCGUCGACCCAUCCGAACCGCAGAGCCCUUAAAAUGGAGGAGGGCGUCACGAAUCAGAACAGACAGCCGCUGAAGACGGACGACUGUCUGGCUGACCAAAAUCACAAGCCGGUGAAACCCGAGCCCGAGAGCGACGGGGAGGAGCACAAGCCCAGGUGGCCCCUGAACAACGGCAGCUGCGACCUGGGCGACUGGCUGCGCCACCGGGGGCGGGAGGUCAACGGGACGCCGCGCGGCUACUCGCCGCUCAGCUGGAGCAGGAACCCUCCCAUAACGCCCAUAUGUCCGCGCCCGCUCCCCCGCCGGUCGCCACCCAAAUGCAUCCAAAUGGAGCGGCACGUGAUUCGGCCCCCUCCCAUCAGCCCGCCGCCCGACAGCGUCCCCCUGACCGACGGGGAAGCCCACGUGAUGCGGCGCGAGAUGUGGAUGGCGGUGUUCAGCCACCUCACCCACAGAGACCUCUGCGUCUGCAUGCGGGUCUGCAGGACCUGGAACAGAUGGUGCUGUGACAAAAGGCUUUGGAAGCACAUCAACCUGAACCGCUGUAAGUCCAUCACCCCUCUCAUGCUGAGCGGGAUCAUCCGGAGACAGCCAGUAGCUCUGGAUCUCAGCUGGACCAACAUUUCCAAGAAACAGCUCAGCUGGCUCAUCAACAGACUUCCUGGUCUGCGUGUGCUGCUUCUGUCUGGAUGCUCCUGGGUGGCUGUCUCUGCUCUUUGCACCUCCAGCUGUCCUCUCCUGCGAACGCUGGACGUUCAGUGGGUGGAAGGACUGAAGGACGCCCAAAUGAGAGACCUGCUGUCGCCGCCCACAGACAACAGGCCAGAAAUGAGCUCCCACGUCGGAGGCACAGGAAACCGCUGUCAGCAGUUCACGCUUCACUUUGGAUUUAUCGACAGUCAGUUAGACAACAGGAGUAAGCUGCGUAAUGUGGAGGACCUGCGUCUGGCGGGGCUGGACAUCACAGACACAUCUCUACGGCUCAUCAUUCGCUACAUGCCCGUGUUGUCCAAGCUGGACCUCAGCUACUGCAACCACGUCACUGACCAGUCUGUCAACAUCCUGACGGCUGCAGGGACAACCACUAGAGACUCUCUCACAGACAUCAACCUGUCAGUCUGUAACAGGGUCACCGACCAGUCGCUGACCUAUUUCAAACGCUGCGGAAGCAUUUGUCACAUCGACCUGCGAUACUGCAAACAGGUGACCAAAGAGGCAUGCGACCAGUUCAUCGCAGAAAUGUCGGUCAGCGUGCAGUUUGAACUUAUAGAGGAGAAGCUCCUACAGAAGAUAAGUUAAGACGGGGGAACCGCUGGAGCGUCUGACAUUCACCAAUGAAAAAUGAAAAACUACUGUCCACACGGAGGCAGCAGACGACUGUGAGAGAAACACAGAGAUGGUAAAAGUCCCUGGAAAAGUAAUGCAAGGGAAGGCCGUGCUGCCCUGCCAGAAUGUAUAAAAAAAAACGGAUGUCUUGUGAAGGCAAUAUCACAGAAAUGUUUCGUUGUUGCUCCUGUUUAUAAGUUAUUUAUUCCUAAAACGAUUACGUAUUGUAUCAGUUAUUCCUUUGAUGUUUAUAGACUAUUUUCUUUGUUCCAAUGCAAAGUUUAUUGCAUUAUAGAUCAAUAUUUUUGUAUCAGAAAGUGUUUCAUACAUUAUGUGCAGUAUUAAAUGCACAGCUGUACAGUAUUAUAGUGCUGAAAUCAUAAUCAGUUGGCAUUACUGUUAAGCUCUUUCUCGUCUAGAUGCAAAGCUCUAAUAUCUUUUUUUGCAAACUAUUGGAAGGUAAUUGUGUUUUGUUUUUGUUUUUUUAAUCUUAUUAUAUGUGGUCGAGCUCUGUUUUCUAAAAGACACAGGUACUGUAUACUUUGUUUUCCAUACAAUGAUAUCAUGUCCCUUUGGAUGAGAUAUCUGGUAAGAAUAUUUCAAAAGGUUCUUUGCACUGAUGCGGUAAAUAUGAAUAGAUGAAUGUAUUCCCAUAUAGACUAAAGUGUACAGUGUAUAAAGCAUAUUUUUUCACCACUAAAAUAUUCCGCUAAUUUUGCUUAUUGCUUGUGUUCUGGUUCAAGUCACAUGUGCACAUCCCUCCUUUGUACUAUCGGUGCUUUGUGGAAGGAAGCGUUUCAGUUUUGCAUGCAGCAAAGAAAUGUUUACAUCGCUUAGUGGAUUUGUUAACUGUUCAACAAUGUAACAUUCUGUUUACUCCAGCCCUUUUUACACAUUAUUUAAAAAGACUUGUUGCAGAAAUCGUGCAAGUCUUUAAGACAAAGAGUUUUCUUCCAGACAGACAAAAAUCACCUGUGUCUCUCAGGUAUGACAGAAACACAACUGUGACCCCUUUUUUCAGUUUUAAUUCCAUCUAUUCCAAAGAUUUCCUGCAGUUCAACACUGUGGUGGAAUCACUAUCAGGAGAUGAGGGGUUUGUAUGAAACGCAUCGAAAAAACCUUUUCUAGCAAAAUUCUUAAAAGAUCUUUAGAUGUCAGGCCCUUUCCACAAUACAACAGAAGACUAAAACCACCAUAAAAAAACAGUUUUUCCUUUUUUAACAUGGAGAAGAGGCGGGUUAUUCCAGCAACCAAUGGAUCAAUCAUAUUUGUGAAAAUGAUAAAUCUGUUUGAAUAGACUCCACUGAAAAAGAUGAGUGUUAACACUGGCUGUGUUAAGUUUUGAAAUGUUUUUUGGGUUAAACCUCUUAGGAGAUGUUUUAAUUUUUUAAUAGGUUUUCCAUGUUUUUUUGCUCUUUAUAACUGAAGUUUUAUUAUUUUUUUAUUUUUGAAAAAGUUUUUUUCGGCUAACUUUAGUCCAUUUUCUACAUUUUAGUGGGAUUGCUUACUUAAAAAAUUAAUGUUUUUAUGAAAAGACCUUGUCUCCCAGAAAAAGCUUAGUACUUUACUUCAGAUCUAUCUAUCUGUACAUAUUGUACAUGUAAAGCCUCUAGGAAAAGUCAACCUUUGAGAUAUUAAAUCCAUUUAAAUACCAAGAUGUGUGGGUGUGUGUUUGGAAAUGUUUACCGAUUUGUUUUUAAAGUCAAAUUCUGCAUGUCUGCUGUUUUAUUUUUUUAGUUGCAAAUGAAAUAUAUAGCACCACAUAGAAAAUGAAGAGCAAACUUUUACUUUCUGGUUUGUAAUAUUGCAUUUUAUUGGAUCUAAUAAAUCAUUUUCACCUGUUAAUCAAAAUAAAAAUGUUCAACAUUCAAAAUUUAAAGAUCCAGACCUAUGAGUGCUCAUGUUAUCCUCCCACUCCGAUUAUACCGUAGCUGCCCAUGAAAGACAUCUCUAUCUGUAACAGAUAUGCAUUGCAAAUGUUAGUUCAGAAUCUGAGGCAGACAACAAAAAAACGUGCUAGAAACCAAGACUGUGACACAGUUUAAUGGUGAGACGCUCAAACCCAUCCGGCCCAAACCAGCAGGAAUACAUUCUGAAAAACUGUACAGUUUUAUUUUCAAACCUUAGUAGAACUUUAAAUCAUGUGUCUCCCAAGUAAAUGGAAAAAUAUACAUUUAAUAACUUAUCAGUAAACAACGGUAGAAGCUAUAAAUGAGAUUUUCUGGAAAGAAACUCCACUGCAGUUUUCUUUUUUUUUUAACAUACACCAGGCAUACAGAACACAGAUCUUUUUUUUGUGACUUCUGAGUUUACUGGAUUUCAUGACAUGGACAAAAGUGUUUUGUUUGCAUAACAGUUUAAAGUAAAUAUGCUACUUCUGCCUCUCACUGUGUGACGGACAUGUAGAGGGUAGCCUCAGAAAAAAAACAAUGCUGAUGUUAGACUCAGAAAUGAGGGAGUAGCACCUGUUACCUACCUUAGAUCUGGCAUUAAAUGAAAGCACAAUCAAACAAGUGGUAGACUUUGAAAUAAGAUGGUAUUGCUUGGUGAGAACAAAAUCAAAGAUAAGAUUAACCCAAGGUCCACCUUACUGAAGCUUUCAGCUGCAUUUCACUUGAUGCUUUUCAAAGAUGCACUUCAGGAUGAUACAUUUUAAAAAGUGCUCCCACAACUUUGACCCCAGGGUGUCAGUCUCAGAUCAUGUGAUCCAUUGUGGUACAAAGGUUUAAAAAGAAGCUGAUCAGUGGGCCCUCGGUUAACUUUUUCUGCUCAUCUUACAAUGAUAGGAAUGUAUAUCAACAAAGUUUAAACUAUAAAAUGGAGAAACAAGCACAUCCUUCACACAGUAAGCGUUAAAAAACAUGUUAACGUGUAGACAGUUUAUUUGCUAACGUCAAUUAAAAGAAAACAAGGAAAUGGAAAUUAAGCAUAAACCAUCACACAAAGCUUGCUGGUUACGAGGUGCAUGUGAGAUUUGAACAGAAUAUCCACUGAAGGCAUGAUUUUUGGCCCCCUCCACACCCCUGUCUGUGACGCAAUGAUUCAGUGCAUGUGGUGUUCGGACUGACAAAUAGAUAUAUUUCUAAAAACAUUUUUUCUUCAUCUCUGAUAUUGCACAUCAUAAAGAACACUGAAGGACAGAACACAGUGUCAUGAGGCAUGACCGUGUAAACCAUAUUGACUCUAACCCUGGGAUCUCCUAGAUUUCACCACAAACAACCGGCCGACCCUCCCCGGGUGUCCACAGGACCGCCUCCUCCUGUCUCUCGUGCCCAGAAUCUAAAACGGAGAAUGGAGAGUCGAUUGGGCAGCGGUUUCCGUGGUGCAUCUAACAGACCGAUGACGGGAAGAGUGAUGAUGUCAACCAGGGAGGAGCGUUGGGACUGGAGUUAGUGAGGGGGGGGCGGGGGGGGGGAAG